GGACCAGAUGCUGUGGCUGAAGCAGUAGGGCUGCUGAAAAGGUUAUUAUUGGAGAAGGAGAAGAUGGCUGCAGAGAUUCUCAGCCUUAAGGAGACAAUAAAGACAGAACGGGAGGAGUGGCUGCAGUUCCAGUCUGACCUGCAGGUAGCAGUGUCUGUGGCUGAGCGCUUGAGGCUGGAAGCAGAGCUGGCCCUGAGCAGUCUCAGAGACACCCACAAAGAUGCACAGGAACGUCUGGCUGCAUCCCUGCGCAGGCUCAGUCUGGCUGAAAGAGAGGAGGAGAAUUUGAGAGUAGAGCUCACAGAGACUCGUCAACAACUUUCAGUUCUAACAUCAGAGCAUCAGCAGAGGUUGGCUGAGCUUGACUUGUUUAGGCAGGCAACCAGAGCCAAGCUCAAACAAGAUCCUGAAAUCCAGGAGCAGGUUCAGUCUAGAGGAGACAAAAGUAAGAGAAAUCAGGGAACAAUAACUGAGCAAACUCAGGAAAUAUCAAUGGUGGUUGUAAAGGCUGCAAACCCAGAUGAGUUACUGGAGCACAUAUGUAGUGAACAGAAUGAAGUAAAUCACUUAAAAAUCAAAGAUCCAGAGAAUACUGGAGAGGCACUGGGGGAGAGUUCUGGUGGGUGGCGAGACACUGAGAACAGGAAAAAUGAACAUGGCAGCCAUGUGAAAAAUCCAAAGAGGAUUGUGAUGCUGUCAGAGCGGUCCAGGAGUCUUUCUCAAAUUCCCCUGCCAACUUGUACAUCUUCUGCCCUGUAUAGCAGCUGCCAAAGUCUCAACAGCACACAGAGUCCUGUCCGGAAGAGCCAGGAGUCAGUGAAAGGGAGAAGAAUGGACUGGCUUUCACAAAGACAGGAUAGCUGGUCCAGAAGCCUCCAAGGCAAUCAAGAUGACCCCAGUUCUGACUCAUCUGCUUUGUCAAGCAGCAAGACUGGCUGCAGGCCUAAGGACAGUUUCAGCAUGUUACUGCGGCGUCAUGGUGGCUCCAGGAGAAACUCUCUUCUACGCUGGUGUCAAAGCCGUACAAAAGGCUACAAGAACAUAGAAAUCACCAACUUCAGCAGCAGCUGGGAGGAUGGCUUGGCCUUUUGUGCUCUCUACCACACCUACCUACCCACACAUAUACCCUAUAGUGCUCUGAAGCCUGAAGAGAAGAUAAAAAACCUGGAUCUAGCCUUUCACACUGGUGAAAGUGUGGGAAUUAAAGGUAUACUGGCUGUGGAAGAGAUGCUGCGAGAAGAAGGUCCUGACUGGCAGAGGGUUCUGAAAUAUGUAGAAAACAUCUACCGCCAUUUUGAAAUGUAAGGUUACCAGUUAAACAUCCAUCUUUUUACCCGUUCCUUCAUUUUUCAACUGAAAUGAGUUCCUUAAAAAAAGUGCCAGGACUGAGUCUUCUAAGCAAAUGUUUACUGCACUUCAACUGUCUUCUGGCCUCAUGUUUGAGAGGUUUUGAUAUCUAGUGUGUACUAAGAUACUUGAGUAAAAACCAUGAGGAAUGGAGUAUCUUCUGAUUUAUUAUUUGCUUUUUAUCUGAAUUUUGUUUA